AUGCAACCAACAAAGAAUGUCGAUGAGAUCCAACGCUCGCCUUCUAGGUCUGUGGGCCAAACCUUUUCCAUCACCAGCAAGGAGAGGGAGAAGGAGAAGACCGUGGUCAUCGAAGACGCCGAAGAGUUCAUGCGCAUCCACGAGCACGAGUAUGGAGACUAUACCGAAGCUGAAGCAAAGCGCGUGUUGCGAAAGAUUGACUGGAGGCUCAUGCCCUUGUUCAUGGUCACUCUCACCAUCGCGGGAGUGGAUAAAAUCAUCAUCUCCAAUGCUGCCAUUUACGGCAUGAACAAGGACCUCAAGUUGGUUGGACAGCAGUACAGCUGGGCCGCAUCCAUCUUCUACUUUGGAUACAUGUUCUUCGCCUAUCCCGCUAAUGCCAUCCUGCAAAAGUUCCGGGUUGGUAGAUGUCUGGCCAUCGCUUGCGUCGGGUGGGGAGCCUCGGUCACCCUCAUCGCUGCUUCUCCCAACUUUGCCGUCCUCAUGUUUCUCCGAUUCGUCAUGGGAGCUACCGAAUCCUUUGUAUUUCCAUGCAUGACCAUCUUGAUCUCGAUGUGGUAUACCAAGCGAGAGCAGCCUCUGAGAAGUGCCAUCACUUUUACUUCCUUCUCAACUCUCGUCUCUGGAACAGUUUCUUAUGGAAUCGGGAAUGCGGAUACCGGCAUUGCUCCCUGGAGGUUGCUAUUCAUCACCUUAGGUGGACUGACGAUGCUGUGGGGAAUUACCCUUGCUUUCUUUGUCCCUGACUCCCCCCUUCAGGAGAACUUUAUGAAGGGAAAAGAGAAGUACAUUGCCUUGGCGCGCGUCCAGAGCAACAUGACUGGCAUUGAGAACCGAGAGUUCAAGUGGUAUCAGGUCAAGGAAGCAUUCCUCGACUACAAGACCUACCUGCUGUUCCUUUUCUAUCUCUGCAUGAAUGUUCCAACAGGCGGUUUAUCGGCUUUUGCCGCCCAAAUCAUCUCGGGCAUUGGUAAUUCACCUCUCGAGACGGUUCUUCUCACCAUGCCUUGCUCGCCCUUCCAGACUGUUGCCAGUCUGGCGGUAGCCAUUCCUCAGAAGUGGCUUACCAACAAGCGGUGCUUGAGCAGUGCCAUCUGCUGUCUCAUUCCUCUGGCUUGCUCUAUUCUUAUCCGAAAGCUUCCCGAAGAUCAGAAGACCGGUCGACUCUUGGCUUACUAUUUCUUUUACUUCUUCUGGGGACCUUAUGCUACUGUUCUAUCUCUCCCAAUGGCCAACGUCGCAGGACACACAAAGAAGCUCACAGUCACGGCCAGCAUCUUUGUCGCCUACUGUAGUGCCAUGAUAAUCGGACCACAGGUCUUCCUCGCGAGGGAAGCUCCCCACUACAGCACUGGCUACAACUGCUUGAUGGGGUUCGAGAUUGGUGCCAUCACCAUUCUAGCUGCCUACGCCAUUGGGUGCAAGAUUGAAAACAGAAUCCGCGACAAGAGGGAGGGCACAGAAGUAACUCUGACAACCGAGGAGAUGCUGGAGGAUAAGACUGAUUACGAGAAGAGGGGUUUCAGAUACAUUUACUAG